CUCACCUUCUAGACCUUUCAUUCCCAUGACCCCAAUGAUAAAUACCCUCUUCGGCCUCUAAAUAUUUCCACGUUCUUUGUCAAUAGCAUAGGGCCAACUGGGUGUGACAUUCUAUAUAUGAAGUGAAGGGCAAGGCUUGAUUAACCACUUGGUUUUGAUGGUUGGUUAGAGUUGAAGUUGAUUGUCACAAUGGAAGCUCGUGGAGAAGGGUCCAUGUCUUACUAUAACGUUCUUGGUGUUAGUUCGGAUUCUGAUGUGGAAGAGAUAAAACGUGCUUAUAGGAAACUUGCUUUGCAAUGGCAUCCCGAUAGGUGGACAAGAACUCCUUCUUUGUUGGCUGAGGCCAAACGCAAAUUCCAGCAAAUUCAAGAAGCUUAUUCAGUGUUGUCUGACCAUAAGAAAAGGACUAUCUAUGAUGCGGGCUUGUAUGAUCCUCAAGAGGAAGAGGAUGAGGGCUUUUCUGAUUUUGUGGAAGAAAUGUUGUCUCUUAUGGCUCAAGUGAGGACAGAGGGGAAGCAUUACGGUUUGGAAGAGUUGCAGGGCAUGUUGAUGGAAAUGGCUAAAGGAUUCGAGUGUGAGGUACCCUCUGUGAUUGAUGAAUCUCAGUGUUUUAAGAGAAGUCGUUUUGACACAACCAUGAUGGAGAAUAAAGGGUCACAUUUUCAAGUACCUGGUUUUAGCAUCUAUGAAUCGAGGGGUUAUUGCAACUAACAUUGAUAUGAUUCCAUAAAGUUAGAAAUCAGCAAAGAACUAUUUUUUUUUUUAAGGAGAUGACGUGUCCUCAUCAAACAUGGAAGGAAUGAUAAUAUGCAAGCAAUUCGGGACAGGAUUUUCAUAAAAUUUUCUGUAGUGUUGAGCAGAAGAAUGGUGGUAAUGAAUUUUGGUAUGGUGUUAAAUUAGUGAAAAUUUUCUGUAUUAUGUACAUAUUCCUUCUAUGGUAUGGUGUUAAAUUAGUGUUGAGCACAGAACUUGUAACACUUCGAACAUUUUUAACAUGCAUUAUGUACAUAUUCCUUCUAUGCUAUGGUGUGGUGUGAUAAAUUAGUGAAAUUUUUCUA